UUCAGUCGAAGUUGAAGCGUGAUAAAGAGUGCUAAUUCGUGUUUUUUGUGAAAAUUUAAUUUAACAAAAUCUUUAGGAUUUCUUAUAGAGUUUAAACCAUGGACAAAAAUACAAACAUGGGUAGUGAAGUACACACGUACCCACCUCAAAACCCGCCACCGUACCCUGGUCCGCCCACGGACUAUCCCGUCACCAGUCAGCCUCAAGCCAUACCAAUGCAGACUACAGUCAUCCAAGGAACCAAUAUGGUCCCCGUUAUAGUCACUAAUGCUAUGGGCCCUAACUCCGCGAUAGUUGUAUGCGUCUCUUGUGGCCAGCACAUAACAACCAGGGUGGAAAGAAUGCCAUCUGUUAGAACGCAUUUAUUUGCUCUUUUAAUUUGUUUGAUUGGAUGCUGGCCGUGUGCGUGUUUACCCUACUGUGUGGAGUCUUGUAAUAAUGCCGACCAUUAUUGUCCUAAUUGUAACUCGUAUGUAGGUUCAUACCGUGGAGCGUAGUUCUUGUAUUGUUUUUAUUAGUCACGAAAUGAAUAAAAAUAAUAUAACGCUGUUUCUUUAUGGUAAUUCAUGUAUAUUAUUGACCAUUCAAUACUUAUAUAUAGACUAUAAAUAUAAUGUAGUAUUUACGAAAUAUUGCUUGUAAUAGAAAAAUUAUAAAAAAUUUAGUCAUAGAGUUGGUACCCAAACGAACAUUGAAGGCUAUUUUUAUUUAAUAAGUAUAUCCAUGUGAUACGAGUAAUAUCUUCGUAAAAUUACUCCUUAUGAAAAUUAGCUUGAUAUUUAAAUAAAAGUGCAAUGAAUGCGUUAAAACAUUAGUAUGUAAAGACAAGGAGAAAGAUGGCAUAUAAUGGUAUUUUCAAACCUAUUUAUAACAAAUUACUACGUAGGUACGUAUUAGGAAUAUUACUAUAAUCUUAACGAACAUUUAAAUAUUUAAUUAUUAUAGUUAUAAGACUAGAAUAAUUUAUUUUAAAAUUAAAAAAAAAUUCUGCAUGAAGGAAUAUUGUAUUAUGUUUCUGUGUACACAGUACGUAAUUAAGAUACAUAACAUUAAAAGUCGGUUUCACUACUGAUAAUGUCCUUCAUGGAGUAUGGACUAUUAACGCUUUUUGGCUUAUAUUUUCUUAUAUUUUUAUUAUUUGAACAAAAAAAAACAUGACCAAUCAUAACUUCAUAAAUUAUGCAUUGCAGCAUGAUGAAUUUUUCUUAUCGUUGUUUUUAAUUGUUAUAAAAUCAUUCAUAAUGUGAUUCACUUGUUUUUGUUUAUUUAUUUUAAAACGCGUACCCUUAUCUAUAUUUUAAUGUUCAUAUGAAAGUAAUUUUCUUUGAGUGUCACAAAGAAUAUAAUUAAUUUAUUUUAUUUCAUUUUUUAAUAAGUUGUGCUUUGUAUAUUCUAAGUCAAUAUUAUGCAUUUGUUAUUUAAUUUAUGUAAUGUUUUGAUAGAUUAUUCUAGUACAUAAAAGUGUAAAAUGCAUUUCUUUUAUUAUUUAACUAGUUAAACGAAGUCAACCAAAAUUUAGUACAAUUAUUAACUUGCUAUGUUUUCUUAUUCAAUAGGUGAAUAAGAAAACAUAGCAAGUUAAGCUUUUUUGGUGUGUUAUAGUUAUAAAAAAUAUAGAUGAUAACUUGCCUACAUUAUACGAUUUUUUUUCACAAUGAAAAUAAAUGUUAUUUAUAUUGA